GUUGUGUGUAUGUUGUGUGUCAACUAAAGCCUAUCCGGAUCUGUCAAGCACGGGCGCACCGGGCCACCGAAGAAGUGCAUGUCAUCGGACACAGUCCGCCGAGUCUCAGAGGAGCUGGUGUUAAGGCAGACGGUAUGACCAGUAGAGGCCUUUACAAAGUGAAUAAGAUGGACUCAACAUCUCCUGCACCUCAAAGACGCAUGGAGUCGAAUCACAAAAAGCCGACGUCAGAGGCGGUGCGGGGGGCGAUCCAGCUGGGCAUUGGCUACACAGUGGGGAACCUGACGUCCAAACCCGACAGGGAUGUCCUCAUGCAGGACUUCUACAUGGUGGAGAGUGUCUUCCUACCCAGUGAGGGCAGUAAUCUGACACCAGCCCAUCACUACCCAGACUUCCGCUUUAAGACCUACGCCCCGCUGGCCUUCAGAUACUUCAGAGAGCUGUUUGGGAUCAAGCCUGACGACUAUCUGUACUCCAUCUGUAAUGAGCCCCUGAUCGAGCUGUCUAAUCCUGGGGCCAGUAGCUCUUGGUUCUACCUGACCAGCGACGACGAGUUCAUCAUCAAAACCGUCCAGCCCAAGGAGGCCGAGUUCCUUCAGAAACUCCUGCCAGGAUACUACAUGAACCUGAACCAGAACCCUCGCACGCUGCUGCCCAAGUUCUACGGGCUGUACUGCGUCCAGUGUGCAGGGAUCAACAUCCGAGUGGUUGUCAUGAACAACGUGUUGCCGCGGGCGAUGAAGAUGCACUACAAGUACGACCUGAAGGGGUCCACCUACAAGCGGCGAGCCUCGCGGAAGGAGCGAACCAAAGGCUCGCCCACCUUCAAGGACCUGGACUUCCAGGAGAUGAUGCACGAGGGCCUUUUCUUCGACCCUGAGACACACAGCGCCCUCAUGAAGACAUUGGAGAGAGACUGCAGGGUUCUGGAGAGCUUCAAGAUCAUGGACUACAGCCUGCUGCUGGGGGUGCAUGUGCAGGAGCGCGGGCUGCGUGACCGCGGGGGGCGUGGCGACAGCAAGAGGCAGAAGGUGCUCUACUCCACCGCCCUCGAGUCCAUCCAGGGGGACAACAAGUCUGCCAAGCCAGUGCCUGAUGAUGACGACACGUUGGGGGGUAUUCCAGCCAAACACAAAGAUGAGAAGCUGCUCAUUUUCUUGGGAAUCAUCGACAUUCUGCAGUCCUACAGAUUCAUCAAGAAGGUGGAACACUCCUGGAAGGCACUUGUGCAUGAUGGGGACACCAUCUCUGUGCACAGGCCCAGCUUCUAUGCUGACAGAUUCCUUAAGUUUAUGGGCAGUACAGUCUUCAAGAAGAUCCACCCGCUGCGUGGCAUGUCGUCUCGGCGGAAGCGCUCCUUGCAGGCCCAGCGGUCAGCGUCCCAGGAGGUACUGUCCCCCCAGACAGAGCAGAAGGACGACAGGAAGACUCAGAGCCUGGCCAGCCUGGACAACGCAGACAUGUCCUGUGGAGUGCAGCCUGACGUGGUUCCAUCUCUGGCUGGCGAUGUGUGUUCUGCCCUCUCCACCUGCUCCCUGGUCUCCAGAGCUGAAGCAGACACAGACAGCAGGGACGACGAGCGCCGCAUGUCCAGUGCCACGCUGGUGCUAGGAGCCACACCCCCAUCCCAGGAUCCCAUCUCUGCCCCCUCCUCUGACUCCGAGCUCGACGUUUACCUGUAUAAUGAAAAAACAGCAGAAAAAGAUCUGAAUGGCUCCUGUGAGGAAACUGUCCAGACAGAACAUGGAUGACAUUUAGAGUCGACACAUAAAGAACAUUGAGGGCCAAAGGCUGUGGCGUCACCAGGAUGAUGUCACCCAGGGAGGCAGUCUUGAGGCUGAGGGAUGUCUGGCCCUCCUGAGUUUGUCUCCCAGACAGUGCCCUCUGCUGGACAGAGUCAGCGCUGCCUAUUGAGCCUCCAAUAUUCUACUCUGCUGCUGCUACCUGAGGAGGUCCUCAGCUACCUUCAUCAGGCAUCACCAGUCGAACCGUCAGCAACCUUCAUCGGAGCAUCAGACUAUUAUUAGGCAUCACAAGACGAGCUCAGAGCAACAGACUGUUAUCAGAUGUCUGAUGAAAAGCACUGGUCACUCUUCCCCGACUGCAACGGGCCCUUCUCUUUUUAAGCCACUCCCCUAUGCCUGUCACCUUUGAGUGAAUGUGUGUGUAUGGAUGGGUUCAUAUCAUUUGUCCAUCCUCCCUUCCUUCCUUCCCUGCCUCCUCUUCUCCUAACCCCUCCUUCUAAUUCAUAUUGUGAAGGCAACGAGGAAGGAACAAUAGGAGGAUGAAGGAAUGAAGGAAAGACAGAAGGUGCCUCUCAUCUGGCGUUUAUACGUCCUCCCUCACUCCUCGGGCCU